GCAGCCGAAUCUUUCAAGCAAGACUGCUCAACAAGUCAACAUCUUUCGUGUGCUCGGUUCAGGGAAUGAAAGAACUUCUUUGCGACAUCCUCUUGUGUUGGUGUGGAUAUGGAAAGUCACUCCUGCAGAUGAGCUGAGAUGAGGGAUCACCUUGGGUCCGCAGAUGUGUAGAUGUUGUGUUGCAAGACUAUGCUUGCCUUCUGUUGUAAAAUCUACACAUUCUUUCUCAAGUUCAGUAAAUGUUGUCAUUCCAGUCAGGUUCUCUGCACUGUAAAUGGGAAGCUGUGGCUCAGACCAAACUAUAAACAAUCCCAGCAAAUCAACACGGUUCUUUUCAGUAGCACAGAGGGGAGGGGUGUCAUUUGAUUGGCUGUUGAACAUAAAUAAAAUCAACAACAUUUCACCAAGACUGGACUCAAGGCUGAGUCUUGAAGUAGUGGCAUGGUCACCCUCCUUGUAUGACAGAAAGCUGAGAAAAGAUGGAGACAAGAUGAGAGCAGGAAACAAAGUUUAGGUUAGGAUAUGAUAGUUUAGAUCAAGAUCUAACAGUUUGUCUUAUGUUUUUCAACCAGAUAAAUCAUCUGUGUUCCUGAAAGACCCCACUGAUGUCAUGACUUACAUGUAUGGAGACAACAUUGUUACGACCAAUGGGGAAGAAGCCAGUCUGCUUCGGCUGUCUCUCAUGAAUCUGUUCACGGGGAAGUGCCUGGCUUCCAGCUCUGAUUACAUUAAAAGUGUUUGUGAACGCAGCCUGAAGGACCUUUCCUCAAGUGCAGAGCCCCAGUCAGUCUACCCCAUAUUCAAGAGGCUGGGCUCGGAGCUGGUGCUGGGCCUGUUCCUGAAUGUCAAGGCGGAGGAGACGCCUGAAGUGUUCGAGGAGAUCACUCAUCUCUGCACCCUUCACUGGCACGGGAUCAUAUCCGCUCCUGUGAACAUUAAGGUGCCCCUGUGGUCCUCUGGCUUCAGCACGGCCCUGGAAGCCAGAGACAAGCUCAUGGAGAUCAUCAAAGAGAAGCUGGAGCUGGAGCAAGAGGGGUUUGUGGGCUGUCUGCGGGCUCUCCCUCUGCCAGAUGCCAGCUGUGCCUCUCAGCAUCUGCUGCUGUUCAUCUCGGCCCUCAUCCCCAAAGCGCUGGCCUCACUGCUCACCUCCUUCACACUGGCCCUGUGUGGGCCCGGCCAGGAAGAGGUGCGUGAACGAGCCAGGCAAGAUCCAAGGUACCUGGACCAGGUGCUGCUGGAGGUGCAGAGGCUGUGGCCUCCUUUCAUUGGUGGAAGACGGAUAGCGAGUCAGGACACCACGCUGGGAGGCUACCACAUCCCUAAAGGCUCCGCCACCAUGUAUGUAAGCUACACCGUCCACCGCGACCCUGAGGUGUUCCACCAGCCAGAUGAGUUUAGGCCGGAGAGGUGGUCAGGAAGGAAUGCUGGGCAGGAGAAUUUGCUGUGCAGUUUAGGAAACGGCCCCAGGAACUGUAUUGGAAUGCAGCUGAACCACGUAUUUCUCAAGGCCGUGUGUGGCUAUAUGCUGCAGCACUACGGGUGGGCUCUGAGCCCCUCCGACCAGAGCCUGCAGUACAAAUGGCUGCCUGUCAGCAGACCAGCGGAGCUGCCCAUGGUCAUCUUCACCCCGCUCCACGACCAAGCCUCACCUCAGUCCCACGGCAACACACAGGACAUACACACACACACAUGCCCUCACGCCGAAGCAAGGAAAGGCACUUCAGACUGACGAGUAGACAGGUGGGAGUUUUCAUAGGACAAAAAGCACUCUAGUAUAUUCAUUGUGGUGCAAUAUGGCUAAAUUAUUUUUUUUAGUGGGUAUGGUUGGGUGGAGGGGGACUGACCCUGCAGCAUUUAUAUUCUAUGGGAACCCCUCCCCCAACCCCCAUUCUAAAGAGGAUUUGUUUUACUUACACUAUCUGGCAUUGGAAAGAGACACUAUGAAUACACCAGUUCCCUGUUGCCUUGAAAGUAGGAGACAAAAUACAAAUAGACGCACAAAAAUAUGGCUGCUAGGUACAAUGAGAUGAAACUCCAGCAAAAUGCAGUCUCUGCCUCCCAUUGUCUUUCCUUCAAAUGAGUUCCCUUGCUGGCCUCGUCUUUUGCCCUACAUGCUGUCUGCGCAGUCAAAGCACUUUAUGGACCAAGAUCCUCAGUCAUUUCCAUUUGUCUCGGUUGUGCUGUGUAUGAUUUGCUCAAUACAAUAAGAACCAUUUUGGUUCAAGACCUGCUGUGAAUGUUCGGCAUCUGUGGUCUUAGUUGUUUCAAAUGGGGGUUUUUUUGUCAUUGAGGAAAGCCACAUGAAACAGCUACAGAGGAGAGGGUGUGAUAUAGACAUCAAGGAGUACCCUCUGAGUUUCCCUCUUUGCCUACUGCUCCCUCCCUCCCUCUUCUCUCUCUCUCUCUCUAUCUCUCCCUCCCUCCCUCCCUCUG